UUGCACAGCCUACAACAAUGAAAGACAAGUAUUACACUCAAAAUUGCAGGCAAAGGGAAUCCAAGGCAUGUCAUUAAAAUGUAUUUUGGCGGAAAAACAAGGUAAAUUAGAUAUGACAGAUGAUGUUCUGAGGUAUAUGAAAGCAACAGGAUUGUUUUUUAGAAUAUAAGUUUUAUGUAUGUAUGUAUGUAUGUAUGGGAAAGAGCUGUCCUUCCGCAUCGCUGUUUCACACUCCAGUUCAGUUGGUGACGGUAAUGCACCAAAAGCCGGUUUGCCAACCGCCAAUAAAUACUAGAAGAAGAAGAAUCUGCGCCGCAGCAUCUCACGCGAAAACUACCAGAAGAAGAAGAUCAUCGCCGCCUGGUGUCGUGCAAACUGGAAAGGUUUAUUCUCUGAUUAUGGCAAAACAUCAUCCAGAUUUGAUUUUUUGCAGGAAACAGGCUGGUGUUGCUAUUGGAAGACUGUGUGAAAAAUGUGAUGGCAAAUGCGUUAUCUGUGACUCAUACGUCAGACCUUGCACACUUGUUCGUAUUUGUGAUGAAUGCAACUAUGGGUCUUACCAAGGGCGCUGUGUCAUCUGUGGAGGACCUGGUGUAUCUGAUGCUUACUACUGCAAAGAGUGCACCAUCCAGGAGAAAGAUAGGGAUGGUUGCCCCAAGAUUGUGAAUCUCGGCAGCUCGAAGACUGACCUGUUCUAUGAGAGAAAGAAAUAUGGUUUUAAGAAGAGGUGAAGAUACCAAGGCGUUUAGUUGUAUGUUGCAUUAGUUUUUCCAUGCAAGAGUUUUUGGGAUCAGAAUUGUUGAUACAAUAAAACAUUGUUUUUAUUUUAUUUUUUACAGUGUUUUCUCUUUUGGUAUUUGAUAACACCACUAAAAGCUCACAGUGUUAUGUCAGUAUGUUCAAUUUACCUUGCCAUUAAUACUAUUUUGAAUAUCAAUCUAUAGGAGAGUAAACCAAAGCAAAACAUGUUCCAGGUUAUUUUGCCAUAGAAAACUCUCAUGAACCUUAUUCAUAGUAGUGCCAAUUUGUAAUUUUUGAUGGGAAUGAAAAAUUCACAGUGUUUUGGAUUUUUCCGCUGAUGAAAUAUUGAAGGGAAGAAAAAAAAAAACAUCUUUUCAAGAAAUUUCUGCCUUUAACUAGCAGUAUAUCUACUGAUAUCUCUGUUCAGUGAUGUUGCAGCUUAGUGGGAUAGCAGUGAAAUGUAAUCAGUUAGCAGUUUAUUUAAAUAUUUCAAAUUUAUAUGCACACCAUAGUUUUAAUAGACAAUUCUUGAUAAUAUACAUAUACAAUUAAAAAAAAUCACAUUCUAGAAAUUGUUUUUUUGCCCACCAGUUUGAGAACCACUGGUGUAAUGUAUCCCAACACAUCAUAUUAAGGAUUUCGUUACAAGUACUGUCUGGGGUAAUGGAAUGUGUAUUGGUUAGAGUGGAUAAAUGUAUCAGUGGAUAUACUGUAUAAAGACUAAAGUAACUCCAUCAGUCUAUUUCAAAAAUGCCUGGGAGAGUUUUAUGAA